UCCCAUUUGAUUGCUGAAAUUUGAUGGAACAAUCUCAGGAGGAGCUCUUUCUUAACCCUUUUGAUCUUCCCUGUUGAUUGAUGUGCGAAAGAAACGAAGGGAGUAUUCUUUUGACCCGACCCGAACAAUUUAUAGCAGUAACGCAUUACUAUGUGGGGGUCAGUGCUAAAGGUGUAGUGACGGUGAGAGAGAGGAUGAGAUGCCUCCACGAGUCGAAUGUGCUGUCACUAUCCAUCUCUGUUUCUAAUAAACUGCAAUUCACUUCUCACUCACUCGGCACACUCGAUACUGUUCUUUUAGUUGCAGGCCAGGCCAAAGUUUUUGUUUUUCAGCACCAGAAUAGUUAUGGGUAAAUUCUUGACUGUGAUGACUCACCUUCAUACUCUUGCCGGACCAUCGGUGAUGUUGCUCUAUCCUCUAUAUGCAUCAGUAGUGGCUAUAGAGAGCACAUCUAAGUUGGAUGAUGAGCAAUGGCUUGCUUAUUGGAUUCUCUAUUCUUUUCUCACUCUUAUGGAGAUGCUCCUUCAACCCAUGCUUCAAUGGAUACCUAUUUGGUAUGAUUUGAAGCUAGCAAUGGUGACAUGGUUGGUUCUUCCCCAGUUCAGGGGAGCUGCUUUUAUUUAUGAGAAGUUUGUUAGGGAAAAAUUCAUCACCAAAUAUGGAGCUCGAUAUUUCAGAGACAAAUCUUCCCCUCCUGUGAGCGUGAAAAAACCCAGUGAGGACUGAUUGAGGAGGCGAAUUAAUGUGGAAGCGUUGCUCUCUCUUGUUUUAAUCAAGCGAAAAAAACACUAUCUGUAAUACUAUCAGAAUAGGAAUUGGUGAAGAUCAUAAUGUAAAUGUUAUGUCGCCACUUUAAAAUAUGUAAUAAUCGUUUGCUUAUCGAUGAGCGUUUUUAAUUAUUUUGUCCGAUUUUAGUUGAUGCGUGUAUGGAAUUAGUGCUCGAGAUCUAUUCUCAAUUUGAACGUUGGUUGCAUAUAUGGCCACAGUGUUCUCAGAGUAGCAGCUUGUUAAUUGGUGACGCUAUGAUGUCUGCUUGUUUAUACAACAGCUAAACAGGAAAAGAAUGAGACUUAAGUUGGAGCUUUGAUCCUUA